AUGGAUGAACUGUUGGUAGUUGGUAGUGCUAAGGUGAAGUCUUUUAUUGCUAAUCUUUCUAAGGAGCACUAUGCCAAUGCAUAUUUUGAUAGAAAGCGCUAUGGUGAGAUGGCGAAUAGCUUAGCAAAAUCCUUUAAUAACUGGAUUGGGGAACUGCGUCAACUGCCAGUGUUACCAUUGCUUGAUGGACUUCGAAAGAAGUUAAUGGUGAUGAAUUAUGACCGUAGUAUCGAAUCAGAGAAGUGGACUUCAAUUCUUUGUCCUAUGAUGGAGAAAGAUUUGAAUAAUAAGGUAGAGUUGCUGCGAUUCUAUGAAACAGAAAGUCUGUUUAUGAUUAUGUCAAGUGUUACUUCAAAUUUGAAUUUUUUCGGAAAGCCUAUAAAAGUCCUAAUCAUGUCAGCUCGUAGAGCUAGAACAAGAGGCCGCGGUCAGAGAUGGGGGCCGAAUCCUCCACCUCCAUCUCCGUCUCCCCCUCCUUCACCACCAGUACCUUCGCCUCCACCAUCCCCACCUGCGGGAGAUAAUGCUUUGGAUAUGAGACAUGUGCUCAGCCAGUUUACUCGCACAAUGGCUACAGCCUUACGGGGAAGGCGCGGUACAGAAAGUUCAGAAAUUAAGAGAGUUAAGGAACUUAGAGCUAAAGAAUUCGUGGCUGAGGAUAGAGUCCGUUUGGCUACCUUUCUACUCAAGGGCAAUGCUUAUCAUUGGUGGAAAGCAGUAAAAAGAGGUUAUGAAAAUCCGGCUGCUAUACACUGGGAAGAAUUUCAGCGAGUCUUUUCAGAGCAGUUUUACCCACCUUCUUAUAGACAUGCAAAGAAGUCAGAGUUCCUCUACCUGAAACAGGGGUCUAUGUCAGUAAUGGAGUAUGAACACAAGUUUAAUGAGUUGUCAAGAUUUGCUCCAGAGCUGGUUGCCACAGAGGAGGACAGAUGUAGACGAUUUGAGAAAGGUUUAUGGUGGGAAAUUCAGGCAGUGGUUACUGCUAACACUUAUCCAAAUAUGAGGGCGUUGGCUCAGGCAGCUGAAAGGGUGUCAAGGAAACUCGGUGGAAAUGUGGGUAGGCGCCGUAGGGAUACACCAGGAAUUGGUGGGCCCAAUCAGGGUCUAUCAAAGAAGGGAGGAUCUAGUUCCAGUUCUGCUAGCGAUGGAUGGUCAGGAGGACGGAGAUCUAGUUCUAGUGGUGGGAGAUCUGGUUCUCGUCAAGCUUGGACUCAGUAUUCAGGGCCACAGUCUACAGCUAGCACCGCCAGGGCUCCUUCCAGGCACACUGGGUUGACAUGUUUUAAUUGUGGACAAGUUGGGCACAUUGUGAAGGAUUGUCCCAGCUAUACUCAGGGAGGUGGACCGAGCCAGAGUAGUAGCCUGACAUUAUACUUUUGUGGGCAAGUGGGCAAUUCAGGGAACUGGGGCCAGCAGGGGCAAGGUAUUAUAGGACAAAAUCAUAAUCAAGUUGGUGUUUCUUCCUCUGCAGCAGGGUCAUCCAGUAGCAGGGCACCGUCAUCUUCUAGAGGCAGAAGUUGUAGGCAAUCAAGGGGUCAGUCGGGGCGUUCCACUACUCAGGCCCGAGUGUUCUCUAUGACUCAGCAGGAAGCUACCCCGGACGUGAUUACUGAUCGGGUAUUCAGAAAUUGUUAUGUUCAAGUAGAUGAUGCAUGGUUGGAAGCGAAUUUAAUUAUUUUAGAUUUGGUGGAUUUGGAUAUUAUAUUGGGGAUGGAUUGGCCAGAGAAGCAUCAUGCAUCAGUGGAUUGUUUCCGGAAGAAAGUAACGCUUCGGAGUCCAGGGCAACCUAAAGUUACCUUCCGUGGGAGCGUAGAGUUCUCCCUACUUGUCUUAUCUUUGCUAUCACAGCCAAGAAGUUACUCAAAAAAGGUUGUGAAGGAUGAUCUCCCUGGUUUACCCCCUGAAUGGGAAAUCGAGUUCACUAUUGAACUUCUUUCGGGCACCAACCCUAUUUAUCAAACCCCCUAUAGGAUGGCGCCGAAAGAUGGGACCAUAAGGUUAUGUAUUGAUUACCGGCAGUUGAAUAAGGUGAUGAUACGUAACCGGUAUCCUUUGCCUCGGAUUGAUGAUUUGUUUGAUCAGCUGAAGGGUGCUAAUUAUUUUUCUAAGAUCGAUCUGAGAUCAAGAUACCACCAGUUAAGGAUCAGGGAAGAGGAUAUUCCUAAGACCUCAUUCAGAACGCGGUAUGGACAUUAUGAAUUUCUGGUGAUGCCUUUUGGACUGACGAAUGCUCCAGCAGCGUUUAUGGAUCUCAUGAACAGAGUGUUCCGACCAUACUUGGAUUACUUUGUGAUUGUGUUCAUAGAUGAUAUUUUGGUGUACUCCCAGACUUUGGAAGGGCAUAAGAAGCAUCUGAGGUUGGUACUAAGAACUUUGAGAAGGAAGCAGCUUUAUGCUAAAUUUAGUAAAUGUCAGUUCUGGCUGGACAGAGUGGUAUUCCUAGGGCAUUUAAUCUCAGCUGAAGGGAUUUAUGUGGAUCCACAGAAAGUUAAAGCUAUUGUGAAUUGGGUACAACCCACCAGUGUGACAGAAAUACGGAGUUUUUGCCGCAGUAGUGUUCGCUCUCAAGAUUAG